AUGGCGUUCGGAAAAGGAGCGCUCAUGAGCAUGAGCAGAGGCUCCAUCUGCCGGAGAUGCCUGCUAACGAUGAAGUCCAUGGCUGGUGGAGGGCCAAUAUCAACAUACGCUCAACAACGCGGCAAAAAAACAUGGCACGGCCCGAAGUACCAGGCGAAGAUUGACCAGGCACAGGCUGAUUGGGAAGAGCGGGCUGAAAAGAUCAAGAAGGGAGAGAUUCAAAACACAUGGGAUAUGUUUGUUGAGAGAGGCUAUGUGAAGGACACAGCUGGGUCUACAAAGUCUGGCGCUGAGGUAAACUUGAAGUGCACUGUUUUCCGGAGCAGAUUGGCUGACUUCAACUCGGGAGAAAGAUCUCAUGAAACUAUUCGCAAACUGAUGCUUCACAAACGGAUUGGCGCCUACACUGGCAUUGACCCAACGGCGCCCUCCCUACACAUUGGCCAUUUGCUCCCACUCAUGCCGAUUUUCUGGAUGUAUAUGCACGGUUACGCUGGUUACACUCUGAUCGGUGGCGCGACGGCCAAGAUUGGCGACCCUACUGACCGGCUGGUCAGCCGCACGCCUCUCAAAAGGACCGACCUCACCAUGAAUUUGACCAAGAUACACUACCAACUCAAGGCCCUCUGGAUGAAUGUGGAGGAACAGGCAAGGAGGCGGGGCUUCGAGAAGGAUUGGGCAUGGAAACGGGCUGUUGUGAACAACUCUACAUGGUGGAACUCGCUUCCUCUGAUCGAGGUUCUCAAGAGGUUAGGGGAUAGUAUGAGAAUGGGUCCCUUGCUAUCCCGCGAUACGGUCAAGAACAAAAUGUCGAAAGGCGAUGGCAUGUCCUUCUCAGAAUUCACCUACCCGCUCAUGCAAGGUUGGGAUUGGUGGCAUAUGUAUCAGGCAAAUGGAAUCCAGAUGCAGAUCGGUGGCUCCGACCAGUAUGGAAACAUCGUGACCGGCGUCGAGACGGUGAAAGUCGUCCGUGAUAACGAGCCAGAUCCGGCGAAAAAAAUUGAAGGUGGUCCCUUCAACGAUCCGGUCGGCUUCACCGUCCCCCUCUUAACAGACUCAGCCGGUGUCAAGUUUGGAAAAAGCGCCGGCAAUGCCGUUUGGCUCGACAGGUUCCAGACUUCCGAGUUCGACCUUUACGGUUACUUUGUGCGGCGAUCCGAUCAAGAGGUCGAGAAGCUUCUCAAGCUCUUCACCUUCCUGCCUAUGGAGAACAUCAACGAGGCCAUGAAGAUCCACAGCGAGAACCCCGCCCGACGAGUUGCUCAACAUCUGCUGGCCUUUGAGGUAGUCGGCUUGGUGCACGGCAUGAACGCGGCGCAUAGGACCGCCUUGAACCACCAGGCCAGGUACGGAAAGCAAAUCGACAUCCCCGGCGUCACGCUCAGGAUGCCCAAGGCAGCAACCGAGGACACGCCACCCUCCAUUCUAGACGCCCCCAAGAUGGACAUGCAACUGCCCGAAUCUCUCAUCAUGGGUAAAUCCAUCGGCCGCAUCCUCUACGCCGCAGGCCUCGCAAAGAGCGCCUCAGAAGGCCACCGCCUCGCCACCCAGCAAGGUGCCUACAUUGGCGCCAUGCCUGGCCACAAGCGCACCGAUGACAACAAGGUGAUGGACUACUCCCAGCUCAGCUUCACCCCCAUCAAGCUCUGGUUCCCCCAGGAGACGAGGAACUACCUCAUCGACGGCAAGAUGCUCAUCCUCCGCAAGGGCAAGGUCCAGAUUCGCGUCAUUGAAAUGGUCAGCGACAAGGAGUGGAAGGAGUCUGGUCAGACGUACCCUGGCGAGCCGGGGACCGGUGCGCUGCGCAUGCUUCGCCAGCAGUUGAAGAUGCUAAAGUCGGGGAUGCUGACGCCGGACGAGGUCAAGGCCAACUUGAAGAACCAUGUCGAGGAGGAGGCGCCGCCGCCUGGGUUUAUGAAGUUUCCGGAUCAGGACUCUUAUGCUAUUAGGAGGGCGACUCAGGAGCUGAUGGAUGAGAUUCACCAGAAGGAGGUAGGGGGUGAUUCGCCGAGGGAAGAGAGGGGGGAAUGAUGAUGAGUUGUAGAGGGGGAUAACCAUCGUGGAUCUGGGUUUUCAUCUGAGUUGUACGAUAUUGGCUUGUAUUAUAUCAGAUGCAUUAUACUCUGUUGUACAUUUUCGUAUGUGUGCACAUGAACUGGGAUAAAGAAUUGGAUGUAGAAACGUAGGUAGAGAAAUAAGCUCCAAUCCAAAUACGUUUGCGGACCA